AUGUCUGAUUUCCAGUCACUCGACUUCAUUUCCUACCAUAAUCAAGACCAGAGCCCCUUCUUCUCGAUUUUGCCGCCCGAGAUCCGACACGAGAUCUACGCCUACGCAUUGUCCGAAUAUGAAAACCUCGAACGACCCUACCAAAAAGACAGCUACUGGUGGCGACCAGGCAACACAGCUUUCUUGCGCACCGCCACAGAACUCCUAAGAACAUGUCGACGACUCUACAACGAAGCCUGGUUAAUGCAAUUCGCCCUCGCUGAGCAUCGCUUCUAUCUAACGCAAGCCGAUCGGGCUCCCGGCGGAACCACGUGGCCUCGUGGAUUUGAGAAAUGUAACCAGAUGGUCUAUGGGUCAUACGGAAAACACCAACCAAGUGGCAGGUUUGGCUUGGGUGGUAUUCGUGUUUUUGCUCAGCUGUAUAAACUGGAGCCCGGGGAUGAGUUGCAGGAGAUCCUGGAUGUGCCGGAUUUCUAUCCUAGACGUGUCGCAGUGACAAUUCGGUAUUCGGAUUUCUGGUUUUGGGAAAGCAAUACGCCUUUGCAUAUUGAUGCCACUUGGGUGAAUGAGAUCCGCCUCCCAGACAGCGUCACCUAUUUCACGGUAGACUUCGAGAUGAUUGAGAGACGCAAGGAUGAGGUGAAUCUGAUUGCGAACGACGCAGUCAAAAAAUGGUUCUUUGAGCGACGGGAUGGCGCUAUUCUCACAGCCUGCAAAGAAGAUAUCUCGGUAUCCACGUGGACCGGAAGCUCGAUCCUGGGUGGCCAACGCUGGGUAAGGGAUGAGAUUCGACCAGGCCAGCUUGAUUAUCAUGUUGUGACUGUGAUAUGGAAGCUGAGACAGAGGGGCGAUUGCCCUCCUCACCCGUGUCCGAACCUCGACGUGCCUCGCGACUUUGUUCAACCUUCCCCACCAUUCACACAGACCGACUCGAUUGAUUUGCGCAGUCUUCAAAUCGCCAAUGUGUCUUUAGAUACUCCUGCCGCGGAGGCCUGGCGGGCAAUGCAGCGAUAUUAUGAAAGCGCGUAUCAGGGGACGACGGGGUUUGACGAUGAGUGA